AUGCGGGAACGGACCGGAACAACAAUAAUCCGGCCCGCAUCUGCUGCCAAGAGGGCCGUUCGGAGGAUCAUCUAUUUCCUCUACAAGAUCAAGGCGCAGGUGAAGGGGAGGGGUCCCAGACUCCUAGGCACGUUCAUCCUAGCUUGCUCCCGCUUCGUAAGGCUAUGCUGGGAGGUACUAGAUAAGAUGAUUGUCGUACGUGGAUCCACACCGGAGGAUAAGAUCACUGCUUCCGAUUCUAUCAUAUCAGACCCGCAGGCUAUCCGCUGCAUCGCCGAAUUCAUGCUGCAAACAGGCUUGCUCGAGCAGUUCAGUCAGGUCGAACUCGAUCCUGACCCGGAUGCGCCUGACCAAAGCCAGGAACAUGUAGGCCUCAGGGCCAAGGGGAUAGACGCCGAAGAGGCUGGGUAG